AAUGCCAUCCUGAGCAGAGCAGUCUGAUAGCUAACAGAUACAUCAUCCAGCAGAGACUCGGGAAGGGCAGCUUCGCCACUGUUUACCUCGUUCAAGACACAAAGACAGUAACAGCUGAGAAACUGAUUUGAGUUGUAAUGAUGAUUUCAGACACAUCUUCUGCAGGUGUUGUCAGUGAUCAGUGUGUGUUAUCCUCCUCUGCACUGUCCCGUGAAGUGAUCCAGAGUCACUAUUGACUGUAGAUUCACAUGUUCACAUGAGCAACAUGUACAGCAAGUGCAAUGGUGUUCAAUGAGAAGAUUGAAGAAAUUGGCACAGAUGAUCCUGAAGUGAACAUUUUAGUAGAUGGUGUUCUCAGUCAGUGGAGAGUGAGUUAUGUUUCUCUGAGUCCGGUCUGUGCUGCGAGGGGAUCCAAUGUUUCUAUUAACUGUAGAUAUGAAUAUCCAGAUGGUCAUCAAGUACAGCAAGUGAUGUGGUGUUCAAUGAGAUCAAACCAUGACAAGUGUGUGAAUGAGCCGUAUGUUUAUGAUAGUGAAUUCAACAAUAAUCAAAAAAACUUCCAAUACAUUGGAGACAACACCUCAAAUUGUUCUCUUGUGAUCAGUAAUAUUGAUCAAACACAUUCUGCAGAGUAUAAAUUCAGAUUUAUAACCAAUAAGAACAGAUAUACAGGUGAACCUGGAGUGAACAUUUUAGUAGACGAUUUAAGAGUGUCCAUGAGCAGAUCAAGAGAAAAUGGAAGCACAAUAGUUGGAGACUCUCUGAAUUUGACGUGCACACUCAGCUGUUCUGGUAAUUUAGCUGAUGUUCAGUGGUUUAAGAAUCGUGAUCUGAUUCGACACUCAGAGCCCGUCCUCACCUUCAGCAGAAUAACAGCUGAAGACUCGGGGAAUUACUCUUGUUCUUUGAGAAACUUUAAAACAACUGUAUCUGAAGAAAUUACCAUUUACAUUGAAGAUGUCACCGGGUCUCCAACCGUUCUGAUUAUUGUGGUGUUUUUAGUCUCUCUUGUUUUCAUCACUGCAGCUGUGAUUCUUAUAAGAAGAAGGAAAGCAAAAACUCAAGUAAAACCAAAGGAGAAAAGAAAAGAAGCCGAGGGUUCUCUUUACUGCACUCUUCAAACAACUGAUGAUGCAGUCUACUCGACCAUCACAAACCCACAAGAAACCAAAGAUGUGUUGCAGGAAGUGUGACGCUUCAAGUGUGAGAAUUCAAGAGACACAUCACGGUCUGCAAACACAAAGCAGCAAAAUGAGAGUCUGGUUUAGUCUACAUUGUUUUGACCAAAUGUCUCCUUUCUAAGAUAAAACAUGAAAUCACCUACAUUGUGUUUAAUUACUCAGUAAAAUAAACGUUAAUAGAAGUUAAUGAAAAAUCCCUAACAUGAUAGGAAGCAAACAUGUGUCUACUGUACAGUUUGUGUGUUUUCAGCUCUAAUGUGAAGAGCCGCCUCUGCCAAAUAUAAUUGUGCUUCUUUGAACCUUUUUAGAUUGUUAAAAUAAUUUUAGUGGCAGCUGUAAAGGGCAAUGUUUAGAAAUGAGAGUAGUCAGUUAAAGCUGCGGUAGGGAACUUUUGACGCUCUAGCAGUUAAUAAACAGAACUGCUUGCGUCUUGCGGAAGAACAUCAUAGCCAGAACUACUUCUCUCUGUUUAUGUCUGUAGCGAGGCCGAGAGACGUG